AAAUACAAAAGGCCAGCUUGAAAGCCCAGCCUGUUAAAGCCUUCAAGAUUCAAGUCUAUAAGAAAUUACUGAAGGAUCCCUGGGAGAAUAUGCUAUUGGAAAAACAACUGAAGGCUACGGACUUUAAAAUUUAUGUUCUUGAGAUGGGUUUUGGUGAAGUGGGCAAAGAGCCUAUUGAUAAUGUUCAUUUCUACAGCAAGAGUGACCUAAAAACAGCAUUCAAGACGAAGAAGUACCAGGUCUCAAGCCUCAAGCCAGAGAAGUUUCACGAAUUUCUUGUUAGGGUCUAUUAUGAUCCAGCGGAUCAGAAGCAUCAGAGGGAGGUCCAGCAGAAAGCUGAGAAGUGCUUUCAUGAGUGGUGCAAAAAUCCAGAGAACACAUUCAUUGAUUGCGGUAAUUCUGAUUCAGGCAAAGAAGAUGAUGAUGAUGAUGAUGAAGACGAAGAAGAGGAGGAGAAUGAGAAAACUUCUUCAAGCAAGAUCUUCAACGACCCCAUUCAUGGACACAUUGAGCUGCCUCAUCUGCUGGUGAAGAUCAUCGAUACUCCUCAGUUUCAGAGACUUAGACACAUCAAACAGCUGGGAGGAGCAUAUCUGGUGUAUCCUGGAGCCACUCAUACUCGCUUCGAACACUCACUGGGGAUGGCACAUUUAGCAGGAUCUCUGCUCAAAGUUCUGAGAGAGAAACAAGAGAAGUGCAUCGAAAAGAUAGAGAAGGAUAUUAAAAAGCUUGGAAAGAAACAGGAGAAGCUCAAAAAGAAACAGGAGGAGCUCAACGAGAAGAAGAAUGAGCUCAUUACUGAAAAAGACAUGCUGUGUGUUCAAAUUGCUGCUUUGUGCUAUAAUUUAGGUCAUGGUCCAUUCUCUCAUCUGUUUGAGAAAUUCAUCCAUAAAGCCUGGCCUGGUGGCCGUGGAGAUGACCAACAACCGGGUCCAUCAGAAGAGAAGUGGAAGGUGGCCUCAAUCUGGAUUUUUCUGGACAUCGUAAGGAAUGAAGGACUAAACACAGAGCUGACAAACAAGGAUCUCACCUUUAUUCAGACGUUAAUUGAGGGGGAUUAUAAAGCAGCUCAAGAGAACAAGUCUUUCCUGUAUGAGAUUGUGGCAAAUAAUUGGAAUGGCAUUGACGUGCGAAGAUGGGAGUAUUUUGCACGAGACUGUCAUUAUCUCGGCAUUUCUAACAGCUUUGACCAUCAGCGCAUGCUGAAAUCUGCUCAAGUCUGUAAAGUCAACGGGACGAAUCACAUCUGCUUCAGAGACAAGGUGGCAGAUAAUAUUUAUGACAUGUUUCACACCCGCUACACUCUAUAUCAGCAGGCCUACCAGCACAAGAUAGUCAACAUCACUGAAAACAAAAUCAUAAAAGCUCUCUUAGAAGCUAAAGACAGGCUUGAGAUCUCACCGAUUUCAGAAUACUUUUCACCAGAUGAAAUCAAGCAGAAGAUCAAAAAUAUUACAAGCAGUUCACAAAAACGCAAGAUGCCACCAUCUGAAGAUGAAAAGACUGCAAAGUUCAUUAAACUGACAGAUCACAUCUUUGAGAAGAUCUUGUACUCCAGUGAUGACAAGCUGAAAGAUGCCCGAAAAGAGCUGGAAGAUGUUGUGAUGCGACGCCUGCGGAAGUGUGUGGGAGAGACUCGACUAAAAGAAACUGAAGAGAAAGAAGUGGCCUUCAAGGAUGACUGGAAUAAAGCAGUGGACGAGUGGAACAAACUUCACCCAAAUCUGGUUUUGCAUAAGAAGGAUUUCAGCACUGAAGUGAUUCUACUGGAUUAUAAUAAGGGGGCUGAAAAGGGGGUUGAUCCUAUCAACUCUGUCUAUUUCUACAGAAAGAAGCAGCACAAUAAAGGCCGCAAGAUUAGGAAAUAUGAGGUCUCCAGUCUGCUGCCGAAGAAGUUUAGUGAACAUGUUGGUCGAGUUUACUACACAAAAAACUCUGAUGAGGAGGAGAUGGAUGCUAAGGAGUGCUUUAAAUGGUGGCGCCUUGGCAUGUGUGUAAUUGAGCUAUACGAUCAGCAUGCGUUUAGAGGUACCAAGUGUGUGAUCACAGGCAACUGUCCAUCAUUGGACCGCUGCAGUAUAACAGAGGUUCGCUCCUGUAAGGUGAUCCGAGGCGUCUGGAAGCUCUGGAAGGGUCGUGACAGUGGAGAUGAUUACCUACUGACGGAGGGAGAGUAUCCCAAUCUUAAGGCAUUGAGCGAUGGCAAAUCCACUGCUUCUGCUACUGCUCCCGCUCCCGUUCCUGAUCCUGCUUGGUCUCUUGAAUGUCUGCCAUUUACGAUCCAGCUCUAUGAAAAGGUGAAUUUUGAAGGCCCAAACUUUGAGACAACAGUUGACUGUCCUUCAUUGAACAGCUGUGGUAUAAAUGAGGUCCGCUCCUGUAAGGUGCUCAGUGGUGUGUGGGAUCUCUAUGAGGGUCCUGACUAUGCUAAACCCAGUUACCAACUGCAGAAGGGGGAAUAUCCCAAUCCUGAGGCUUGGGGCAAUGGCAACACUGCUCCUGCUCAGUCUGUGAAACGUGUGACAUCUUAUAAGAUCCAGCUCUAUGAAAAGGAAGAUUUUGAAGAGCGAAUGCAUGAGACAACAGUUGACCGUCGUUCAUUGGAUGGCUGUGGUAUAAAUGAGGUCCGCUCCUGUAAGGUGCUCAGUGGUGUCUGGGAUCUCUAUGAGGGUCCUGAAUAUGCUGAACCCAAUUACCAACUGAAGGAGGGGGAGUAUCCCAAUCCUGAGGCGUGGUGUGCCAGUGACCCCACUGCUCCUGCUCUGUCUGUGAAACGUGUGACAGAGUAAAUUCUGGCCUCUAACUCCAUCCAUCUGCUGCCCUCAUCCACCUUUAAAGUAGGGCUGUUAAUUUAAAGCAUUAAUUUAAUGUUUAAUUAUAAUUUCUAAACAAAAAUUGUCUAAACAGUGAUUUACUCUGCUGUCACAAUUAUAUAAUAUAUUUUACUUUGUUUUAAUUGUUUUAUCUGCAAAUGGCAAUAUAUACACUGAAUUGGGAAUAACUUGAUUCAUUACUUAUUGUAUCAUGAUAGUAUAUCAUGCAAUUAAUUUGAUUUAGUAGAUGCUUUUAUCCAAAGCGACCAGAAAAUGAGGAACAUCAGGAUUGAAUGAUUACAACUGAUUGACAGCUAUUGAAGCCACAUGUGCCUAAAUGAGAUUAUUUUGUGAAUAAAACGUGUGGCAGAUACUGCUAACAAAGAGCAGUGCAAUGAAAAAUCAGUGAUGAGAAAGUAAAAUCAUGAGAGUAAAUCAAUUUAAAGAAACAGCUAUUAAACUAAAGUGGGGGAAGAUUUUACCUUGAUUUUAGUUCUUCACAAAUACAGUAGACAGAUAUUUGGGGCUAAUAGCUGAUUUAUGUUAGUGUUUGAGCAGCUUGUUGUUAUUAUUAUUAUUCACAAUGUGGUGCUGGAUGUUGGGUGAAUAGGCACUAGUUAACAAGAUAAUGGUGAAGGGUUGUGUUAUAUUAGGACGGGUUUGUUUGGUGAUGGAUAAACAUAGGUAUUGAUCAUUUAUUUUUUGUAAUUUCUUUGAGUGUGUGUGUGUAGAGUAGAGAUCUGGGUACAGUUCUUGUGAGAUAUUUUGGGGAGUUGUUCAUUUUUAGAGAUUGAAUUUGAUAUGGAAUCAGUCUUUCUACAUCUAAUCUUUCACCUUUUAGGAUGCAGGAGUUCAGUUACAUCUUUCUUGUGUGAUUACUGGGAAAACAUGGUUAUUAGGGGGAAAAUGUAAUGCAUUUCAGCUUUUUAUUCUCAAAAACUGACAAAAAUAAACUGUAUUGCAUCAACAACA